AUGACAACAACUACAACAGUUCUAGUGUUGCUUGUGACGUUGGUUGUGAUCAGCUCAACCUCAUCAGCUGGAGCAACAUCAGGGCCAUCAUGGAUUACAAUCAAUCCAUUCACAUCACUUGACUGCACAUCGAACCAAGGUGUAGGAUAUGGACUGCCCGUGAACACCUGCUUCAUCUAUCAAUGGGAUAACUAUGUGUUGGUGUCAACCGACCCUCACCACCCAGACAACAUCACAGUAUCAUAUUACAAUAAUCAGAAUUGCACUGGUUUGAUAGCCACGGACAAGUAUCCCUUGGGCCAAUGUACACGCAUCAACUUUGAUCAGUCGGGCAGCGAGUUUGCCAUAAUCAACACCGGUGCCAACUAUCCUGUCGACUCGAUCCAAUAUGCAUUCUUCUAUCAAGAGGAUGACAGUUGUGGUGGAGCCAACUACACAACAUUCUACACGGACAAUCUAAAGGUUGACGGACGCCUCUAUCAAUGUGUCGAUGGAUAUCCAAUCAUAUCCCAAUGUAGUGAUCAAGCUCAAUCCCAAGGUGGAUGCCAGCCCAUACCAUGGACUGGUUGUAUUCCAGGUUCACAAGGUGGUCCAGGUAUAUACUCAUGUUAA